GAUCGUAACGUACGCGCGCAAAAUACGUGUUCAAAGGUCGUUCGUAUUGGGGUCAUAUGACGAAUUCGUGACCUAACCCAUGUCAUAUAUGCCGAGCAUUUUGUAUACAGUGUAGACCCUAGGCACAGAAAAACUUCGCUGAUUGCAAAAGGCCAGGGCCUUAUUUCGAUCUUAUUAAAAAUCUACAUUAUGCUGCCGUCUGGAUGAUCACAUGAUGAAUUAAACGUCUCAGGAAUUGUUAAAAGUUUGAAGGUACUGAUAGAUCAGAAGCCCAACAGCCAUGGACAGUCCGAGGGGCCUCGAUAAAGGAGAAGAGGUCAGAAUGUCUCCCAAACUCUCCUCCAGAAGAAAGAGGAGUCGCCCUGUGAAGUUCAAUCAAGAUUAUGUUAUGACGGAUGACCUGCCGCAUAUUUCUGCUUACCUUUCACCGGUCUCUGCUGAGAAGCAAUCUUAUGAAAGCUCAGACAGCUACAUAGGCACAGAGCCAGCAGAUUUCCUUCAAGAUCUAUCUCCAUCUUCCUCAACAGGAAGAAUCAAAAGACAGGUUACUUCCAUUAGAGAUGUCUCCCUUAUGAAAGGUAGUGCUUCAAAGAGAACCAAGGUAGAGGACAGUAGUCCUCAAGAUUCCAUUAAGUUGGAAGAUAGUCCGGAUGGACAACAGACAACAUUCUCCAGUCUUUUACAUACAUUUGCAUCUCAGGUGAACAAUAGGGUUGAAACUAAUGAACAUCAAUCCCCUUACAAUGAGUCUUCUCUUGUUUCUAAAAAUAUUUGGCCCGUUACAAGUUCCAUCCCUUCCACACCUCGAAGCAUACAACAUAGAGUGCAGUCAGGCACUUCCAUGCAGAGCCAACAUACUUCAGACUCACCUGCUUGUAACACCAGACAAGAUAUGUCUUUCUCGGGAAUGUUGCAAAACUUUGUUUCUUGUGUGAAUGACUCUCCUACGAGCACAAAGGAUACUUCAGCUCCACGUUCGUCUUUGAAAUCCUUGUUGACUCCAAAACAACACCCUGUUGAUCGAAUAAGCUCAACCUGUAGCAGCCCCUUUACAGGGAGUACAGCCACGCCUGUAGGCACAGAACAACAGUCCUUUGCAGGUCUCCUACAUAGCUUUGCAUCUGUAGUGGACAGAGGAAACCAGGAGUCUCUUCAAGAUAAAAGGCAUCGGCUUGGAAGGGAUCACAGAUCAAGUCCAUCAGGGCAAGACCACACACCGAAAGGUUCAAAGUCUCUCCUUGAUGUCUUACAUGAUACGAUAUCAAGAAGAGUUCUAGAAACUGCAUCUUCUCCCAAGCAGGAUGAAUCAAGCCCCAAGACGAAAUUCUCACAGUCCUCUCACAAUACCCAGUUAGAUAAGGUCAUGCAAUUCAACAUGGACAUUCCAGCUCAAGCUAAUGCACCACUAGGCCGAGCAGAAAGAAGAGGAGGCAUGGAAGAUUUUUCGUCCUCAAGGUCGUUCCAAGCCAGAGCUGAUAAAUAUGAAACUGAAGAUGAACUGCAUCCCAAUAGCCACCAGUGGAGUCACAUUAGAAAUGUUCUACCUCCUCUUGAUGAUAAUGAGGAGGAGACAUACCUUGACAAAAGUCAACAAAAUCAAUUGGAUGACACCAUGCAUCCUGUUCCAAACAUCAAGAUGGAACCUCGAGAUGAAGAACCCCGUGCAGAAUCCAACUACAGUCAAGAAGCUCCUGAGCAGCAGAGUCAGUAUUUACUUGGUGGUGCAGCAAGCCUUGAUGAAGAUGACGAACCAGAGAGUAGCUAUCUUCAAGUAAUGAUCAAGCAAGAACCAGCCAAUGGCCCUUUGGGUAGUAGUGAGUGGGAGAAGUCUGGUAAGGAUGUGAAUUCCACUUUAAGGGAAAGGCUUCUCAUGAGAAUCGGAUCCCGACAGUCCCUCCAUCAGUCUCAGUCUCAGUUACAGUCCAGUAGUUCUACACCGUCAACUGAGACACGACUUAUUCAUCAAGACAGUGAGGAGAGUUCUUCAAGCCAUCUACCAGGUGAAUCAUCUAGCAGUAGACAACCACUGUCAAACCAGGGAGGAAUAGUUUCACAUUUAUUGAGUACAGAGAAUUCUUCCAACUGGAGAAACAAAGGAGCUGCCUCCUUUGCUGAUCUCCUGCACAACAUCACAUCUUCAAUGCUGGAACAGGAUGUGAAAGAUGAUAAGGAAGAGGCAUCUCAGCAUAAUCAGAAAUCAAUAAAGCAAGAGCCAAUAAUGAGUGAUGAACAACCUCAAGUAGGAUCUGUCCAGGACUGUGAAUCAGCCCAAGAGCAUCUUGGCUCUCUAUCACUUACUUCUUUACUAAAAAAGGAACUAGCCAGCUCUUUGAAAGACCCAGGUGAGAAUAAAAAGGUCCCACGUUGUAUUGCUCGACUACAUAGCGGCCCUUCACAGUCUGCUGAAUCCAGAGAACGGGAAUUCUCAGAUGGGAAAGGAACAAGAGCUCAGAAGAAGAAACCAGUAUCAUAUGCCGAGGCCCCAAGUAUGUCUUCAUCGCCAAGUUUAUCAUCUGAUGAUGUAGACCAAACCAAUAUGCCAGAUUUCCCCUCUCGCACUUCCAAACUUGUAAAUUGUUUACCUACUCGAGCAAAGCAUUCAAAUUUAAUGAAGCAUAGGUGGAAGCGAGGCCAAAGAUAUGGCCUCAAAAUCAAACAAGGAUGGCCAAAUAAGAGGAAAGAUGAUCUUCUUCAGAAGCGUAGUGAAAUGAGAAAUGUGCAUGUCAUUCGUAAGCCAAGUAGUUCAAGGCGAUGUGACUCCAGCAGUCACAGUAUAACCUCGCCUGCCCAGAAGAGAAGUGCAGAGACUGAUACAAUGUCCUUCACAGAUAUCCUUCAGAAACUUGCUCAGAAAUGCCAAGCUGGUGGUCAAGAUCCUGCACUACAAGGAUCAUUUGAGCAACAGUCAAAUGAUACGUCUGUAGUCUACUCACCUCAUAAUCAGACAGAUCCUACCAUGCGUAACAGACAGCAGGUCAGCGAAAGAGAAAGGUCCCCUUCUUUCCACUCAGAUGUGCUCCCCAACGUUCCUAGUUCUGCAAACCUAAAGAACCUUCUUCUACAACAAAGCUCUCUGACUCCGGUGCGUCCCAACGUCGGAUCUCCCUCAAGAACUUCCUCUACUUCUGGGACAUCAAGAGAUGUUUCAUUUUCAGACAUCAUGCAGAACAUGGCUUCCACAGUUACAAAGAAGAGAGGAAGCUCUACUGUCACUGAAGAUCUUACCUCCCUUGUUCCUCCUGCACCCUGGGUAAAGUCCAUGUCAGGAAACUGGCUGCGUUUUAUACUCAUUGGCCAAGAUGAAAACCCAACAAUCAACAUGUCUGUGUCCAUUAACUUGUGGAACACCAUCCAUGAGGUUAAAAUCCACUGCCAUCAUCUGGAAGUCCCCGCCAAUCACUGGAUAUUCCGAAGGUUUGGCAAACGCAUCCACACCAAAGCAGCCCUUCAGGGUGUCCUGCAGGCCAUCUCCAAUGGAUGCUCUGUCUGCGAGGGAACAACGCGAGGUGAUCUUGUCCAUAUGUACCGCAACAAGCUGGCCUCGACUUCCCGAUGGCAGGCUGCUGCCUUACUGGAGGACAGCUUUGGAACAGCGACAAUACGCUCCAGCCAGUGUGAGCUCCUUGUUUCUGGGUUGAGGCGCUCCCGAGAAAAGAGGUGCUCCAAAUGCUCAAAGUUUGUUGAUAGGAAGCUCAAGGCUGUUAUGUAUCAUAUGAAAAAAAAGCUUGGUUUAAGUUGAUAAAAUCCGCUUUGCCCUGCCUGUCUUGAAAGCAGGCUUUGUAAGAUAUAUGCAGUAUUCGGGUCAUUUAACAUUUGAUAUCACGGGACUAACCAAUAAAGGGAAGAUUUAUAAGAUUACUAAAUUGUAUUUGUUGGAAUAUUUUAUAUGGGGCUCGUUGCUGGUAAUCAAGAUUUUGAGACUUCCACUCUUGUUUGUGGUGCUUUGAGAUUUUGGUAAACUAUCACAAACAAACACUGAUAAGAAUUUAUUUUAAAUUAUACCCUAUUAUUUAUUUAGUUUAUGUGAAAAGUAUACCAUUACCUUGAGAAAGAUGUACAAGUAAACCAUUACAAAAUUUUUAACAUUUUCAGGAAAAUUUUAUGUAGUAUAAAUUAAAGGGUUGAGAUCAUAACUGAUUGUUUCUGUCCUUCAGCUUGUCCUGAUUAGGACAGGAUUAACCCAAAUCAAAUAUUCUUCUAUUUGCAUUCCCUCUGCACGGGAUACAAGCCUACAUUUUAUGUUCAAAUUUCUGGCUAUAUUUGUAACUAUUGAUGUGUGAUGUAUUCAAAAUUUUGAAUGCAAUGUUAAUUGCUAUUUUUGCUAAUCGAGUUUGUGGGAACUUUAUGGUAGUUUGGAGUUUAAUGGAGAAUGCUAUGUCAUGUGUUUCCAGAAAGGCUACUGUGUGAUCUCGUCACUGUAAAAAACUGGUCUCUUCAGUCACCCAGUGGAAGAAAAGGUGUCCUCUGUAGACAGAUCAUGAGAUGGCCUUUCUAGACAGGUUCCAAUAUUUCCAACAGGAGGCGCGAUAGCUCAGUUUAAUAGUAGAGCAGUGGUCUUGUU